AUGGGUACACUUCGAGACCUGCAGUUUGCCCUGCAGUUGAAGAUUGAGGAGCUCCGCCAGAGAGAAACACUCAUUGAUGAGCUAGAGCUGGAGUUGGAUGCCAAGGAUGACUUGAUUCAUGAACUGGACCACUACAUGGCCACCAUCACACCCCCAGGGUUUUCUGGAGCACGUGCAGGCCGAGUGGGGUAUGGUUCUGCUAAGAAAGUGGGCUUGGGUAAGAAAACGUGGACGUUCUGUGGCACGCCUGGCUAUGUUGCCCCUGAGAUAAUCCUAAACAAGGGCCACAGUGUAUCUGUAGAUCUCUGGUCUCUGGGCGUCUUCCUGUUUGAGCUGCUGAGCGGAAGUCUCCCAUUCUGUGGCCCUGAUCCUAUGAAUACGUUCACAGCUACCAUCCGUGGGAUUGAUCUGGUUGAAUUCCCUAAAACCAUCAGUAAGUGUGCCUCGAAUCUGAUCAAGAAGCUCUGCAGGUGAACAACCCCGCAGAGACUUGGGAAUCAUAGAAAUGGGUCCAAGGACAUCAAGAAGCACAAGUAAGAUGGCUGAAAUGGGUUCCUGAGUGGUGCAGUGGUCUA